GGUUGAGAGUCAAUAUUUCAUACAGCACAAAAUCUUCUUCCAUCGUUCGAUUGCAACCUUCCUAUUGACAAUGUUGUAGAGUUCUUCUUCUCUUUAAUUUACCACGAUCAGAGAAAGAGGACGGAAGAGAGGUUGAGUACUGCGGCAAUAUGUCUGAUUGGAGUUUAGACAUUUCCCCCCGCCCCUCAACUUCUGACGAGAGAAGGUUCAGGGGUCUUCUGUGGCUUCGGGUUUCGAAUCCAAUCAUCUCUCGUAGUUCGGGUCAAGUUCAAAAAUCUUCUCGUGCUAUGGAUUUAGGAUCUCUUCGGAAAAACUACAGGGGGGAUGAAGAGGCUUUUGAAGAGAAACAUCUCAUUUCCCUUAAUCCCAUUAUACAAUUCUCUGCAUGGUUUGAAGAGGCCAUGAGGUGUCCAUCUAUUGGAGAAGUCAAUGCUAUGUGUUUAGCCACUUGUACCAAGGAGGGGAGACCUUCUGCUCGGAUGCUGCUUUUGAAAGGAUUUAACCAAGAAGGCUUUCUUUUCUUUACCAAUCAUGAGAGCAGGAAAGGAAGGGAACUGGAUUCCAACCCAUUUGCUUCAAUGGUCUUCUAUUGGGAGCCUCUCAAUCGCCAGGUACGGAUUGAAGGCUCUGUAGAAAGGCUUCCAGAACAGGAAUCAGAGAAAUACUUUCAUUCACGUCCAAAAAGUAGUCAAAUUGGGGCUGUUGUGAGCCGUCAAAGUACAGUGAUUGCAGACAGAGAGUAUUUAAGGAAGAAGAAUGCAGAACUAGAGGAAAUAUAUCGAGAUGCCAAAGUGACUAAGCCAGCAUACUGGGGAGGAUACAUUUUAAAGCCAGAAGUCAUAGAGUUCUGGCAGGGCCAGACCAACCGCUUGCAUGACCGCAUCGUCUUCCGACAUCUCCAGGAUAGCAGCACAUCCUUGGACCCUAUGACUCACAGAGGGGAAGGCAACUGGGUAUAUGAGAGACUCUCUCCUUAAACAGCUCGCAGGGUUUGUCUUUAAAUAUACACAGCAAUUUCUCUGAUCCCAACUUUCCCUUGAGACAGAACAGAGGAAGAACCAAGAGGAUAAAAUCCUGGAUCUGCUAUAAGAAGACCUGGAUUCAGAUUUCUGCCAACCAUAAGUAACUUUGGAUUAGUCCUUAAGCUAUUUCAUGUCACAGUUUUUGUAAGAACAGAUUGAGGGUUUCUUCAAUACAAACUAUCCUAAGGUCAUGUAAGAAUGGAGGAAUCUUAAUGAAAAAGGAUUGAAUUAACAACAACCAUACCGCCCCCCCCCCCAAAAAAAAACACAUUCCAGAGAUGUGGAGUAGUCCUAGUAGAUUAACAUAACAGAGUGGCCUAGUUUUAUAGUUUAUGUUUUGCAGUUAAAUCUGUAUAAUUCUGCAUUUAAUUGUAAUAGAUAGAUUGGAUUUGGCUUUCAAAAAAAUCAUUACAUUAUCUAGGAUAUUUAAAGUGUUCUGUACUGGAGAGACAGUCUAAUGUAAUGGUUAAAGGGGUUUCUGACCCAGAAACUAGGAGAAACUAAUGGGUGACUUGGUCAGUCCUAGGAAGAAAGCAACAGAAAACCAUUUCUGAAAAUGUUGCCAAGAAAAAUGCAUAGACUUAUCCAGGCAAUCCCUGGAAGUCAGACUUAUUGGAAGGUAUUAAAAGAAAAAAAUCAAUUCUAAAGCACCUGCUUUUGAUUCAAACCAGCAUUUAAGAUGCAUUGGAAGCAAAGUGAACUCUGGAGCCAUAAUUAGAACUAAUGGAAAAACAAGAUCAGAUCAUCAGUGCCAAAUGCAACAAUUGACAUUUAUAAAAUAAACAAGACUAGAACUAGCUGUAAAGUUAAAAAUAUAGGGGAGGGGAUAACAACUGAAAGGUCAGCCUUUUUGCUCCUGAACGUUCACUGCCUAUGUUUUUAAACUUUGAGACCUUUUCAAGAGGGUUGAGGUAACGAAAUCCCUUCUCACUAGAAUUGCUGAAGAUUGAUCAUAGUUUCCUACCAGUCUGAAUUAAGAAAUACACACACACACAGUAAUGUAAACUCUAAUUCAGCAUAUUUUUAAAAGGCAAGGCUCAAACCUAGAAAAAGCAGGAAUUUCCAACUUUGGCAAGAUAUGCGGCAUGUUUCUGUGUGUUUUGUAUAAUUAGCCUGCCAACCAUAGUCUUCAGCUUUGUUAGAGGCAGCUGUUGGCCACUGACAGUUUAUUCAGCCAACUAUGCGUUAGAAGAGAGAUGCUUUCUUAAAAAAUAGAGACAUUGAAAAGUAAAAAUGGAUAUCCAAUUUCUAUAAUUUCUAGUUGUUCCUUGGAAACAAUAUGCAAGGGUAGAUCUUGCAUCUCUGUUUCCAUCUGCAAAUCACCACACAGGUAGUCCUUGACUUACAACUAUUUAACAAUGUUUCAAAAUAUGACAGCCUUAGAAAAAACGACAUGAUCUGUACUCGCACUUAACUACCAUCCCCACCUCCCCAGUCAAAUAAUUGCAAUUCAGAGUCUUAGCAAACAGUUCACAUUUAAGACUGGUUGCAGCAUCCUGUGGUCACAUGAUUGCAAUUUGUGCCCCCCCCCCCCCCCCAAAUUUCUGACAAAAAACCCAUUGGAGAAGUUGGAUUCUCUUAAUGACUACUGUAAACUUUGUUAUAAAAUUGGGUCCUUCUUGACUUACAUCCAUAAUGACUUACAACAAAAAUUCCUGCCCCAAGUAUGGUUGUAAGUAUUGAGGACUACUUGUGUUGCAUAACUCAGAGUGCUUUCCAAGCCCAAGAGUUUUUCAGUGAUGUUGGAAAUUACUACAAGAAAGUUGAACCUGAAGAGCCUUGUUUUCUGAACAGUUGUGUUCAAUUUGCACAGGAAAAAAUAGAAUCACAAUCACUGAAUCCAUCCUGCAGUAAUAGUUAACAAGGAAACCACCUUCUUUUGUCUCCAUAUACUUUUCUCUCCACUAUUAUAAGCACUUUGUAUGCUUUUGUUUGCAGAAAUGUGAUUCUUUCAUGCUAGAACUGGAUGUGCAAGUUCUACAUCAGCAAGCAGUUAUUGUGGGUCAGAUGGGGAGGGGGGGUUCUAUGCACUUUGUGUUAAUGUUAUUUUUAAAAAAAAUAUUUAAGUGGUGUUAUUACCUUAAUAAUUGUUGUUCUGUCUGACUGACCUAUCUUUGUGCUCUUAUGUACUUAGUUGAUUAUGUGACUAUGUACAUUUGGACAAUAAAAGUUAGUGAAUGAUA